CCUAAAGAGAAAUCGGGAGCUAGAGGCGAAGCUAGCCGGAGAAAGAGAGAUUGGAAAUGAUUUACAACCCGAUGAGAGGUUUAACGUUUGUAUAAGACAUAUACCGGAAUCAACAUCUAGAGAGAGGAUGUUGGAUCUAAGAGUUGUUCUAAGAGAAGACAUCAUUAGGGUUGACGAUUUGAUGCUAAGACUUCUCGAAUUCUUGAAGCAAAUCAACAAUGUGAGCUUAGUAUCAAUCGAAGCUCGAAGUCGAGCUAGAGAUAGUUCGGUUGUUCUUGUGAGCUUAAGGCUCAAGAUUGAGGGUGAAUGGGACGAAUCAGCCUUCCAAGAAGCAGUCAGAAGGGUUGUUGCUGACUUGGCUCACUGACAACAAGUUUGAUUAUUUCCUAAUACUCUAUAAUUAUAUAUUUUAUAGUCCUUUUUCACACUUAAAAAUUAGGUUUUAAUUUAUUUUCUAAAAAUUAUUUCGAUCUUUCUGUCGAUUUUUUCAGCGUUCAUCGCUAUUUCGUGAAUAAAGUCAUUACCAUAAGUUAUUAAUACAGGUAAUAAUUAGUAUAUUCAUUUGUAAUAGGUAAUAAUUAGUAUUCUGGGACAUCAUCUAUAUAUACGAUUGAUGUUUUUGUUUUGUUUCUUUUAAUUAAAAAUUCGUGUAUUACUUUAA